GGAUUCAUUCGGUGACUGUGUGUGUCACCGUGGGGGCCAACUCUCGCUCGUGGAAUUCUUUGUGAAAGUCAAAACCGAUAAAAGAGAGUGAAUGGCUUUGGUAUUUCAUAUUGCAAAAAAUCGUGUCAGUCGCAUUUGCAGAAAGUAUCCCACUGGACAGUCUCGUCCAACAGGAAGUUUUUUGGUGUCUCUGAAAGUUAUUCUAAAGUGUUCUAAAGGGAAAAUCCCACGGAAAAGAAUGGUUUUGAAACAUUAAAGACACUUUCCAGGAAGUUUCGAUUGAACCAGGAGAAAGAACGAUGGCAAGGAGGAGAAGUCAAAUGCUGUCAAUUGGUUUAGUGGAGUGUGAGAACAAAAUCGAUUACAGACUGUAGGGACUUUUGUGUGUAUCCAGAGCAAUCAUGGGGAUACUGAGAAUGCUGCGACGGUGUCGAAUGCCCCGAUGGUCAGCAAUUCUUGUACCCUUCAUUUUCUAUGCAAUCUUUAUCAUUGUGGUGCUCAAUCUUUCCUUCCCACUUCGGAAGCGUCCCGAAGAUACAACUCCAGAUUACUUGUCGACUGUUGGCAAGUCUCCAGAGACUGUGAUUCUCGCCAGUGCUGAUACAGAUGGCACAAAUCUCCUGAGGUCCACUUUUCGCAAGGCUGAUUUGGAUUCAGAUGGCUUUCUGAAUAUUCAGGAGCUAGCAAAAUUUAUCAAUGGACGAGUUAGAGAACAUAUCCAGGCUGCUGUUAGGGCUAAUCCUUUUGCAUUUGCUGAGAUUGAUGUAUCCCCGAGAGAUGGGUUAGUGACAUGGGAGGAAUAUCAUGCACAUUUCCUGAAAGAUCAUGGACUAGAUGAGGACUACAUAGGUUCACACAGUGAGCAAAAGCAUGUGGGAUUGGACAGGAAGACCAAAGAGACCAUAAUGAGAGAUAAAGCACUGUGGCUAGAGGCUGCAAGGACAGAUCCUUUCAGUCUAACUUUGGAUGAAUUCCUGGCAUUUCGCCAUCCAGAAUCCAGUGCUGCAAAUUUAUUGAGCCUCGUGGAUGAUUUGCUACGACAAUUUGAUCUCGAUGGUGAUGAUAUCCUCACAAUGGAGGAAUUUAGUUCGAAUCCUGACGAUGAGGAGGAUGCCAAAGUGGCCAAUUCAGCGUCUCACCGAAAAAGUGUGACGGAGAAAAAGGAAGAAUUCCGGAGAUUGAUCGACAAGAACAACGAUGGGAAAGCAGAUCGCGGAGAAUUGCUAUCAUACAUCGAUCCUCGACAUCCUCGGCAUUCCCUUCAGGAAGCUGCCACCCUUUUCAGUCUCGCAGAUGCCAAUCGUGAUGCUAAAUUGUCCAUUGAGGAAGUUCUGGCCCAAGCUGGUGUUUUUCUCGCAUCGAAGAUGAUCAACACCGCUGAGAAUUUCCAUGAGGACUUCUGAGGGAACUCUCGGAGCCUCUCUCUCAAGAAUUUCCGUCCCAUUUUUCAGCUCAUUUGACUUCUCAAGAAUUUAUGUGUAGGAAUUCUUGCACAUUUUUGGCGGGAGAUUCGCGCACAUGAAAACCUGGCAUACAUUUGGGCGUCUAAGCACUUUAACAGCUUCAAUAAUCCAAGCACUUGAAUCAGUUGCAAUUAGACCGGAAUCAUGGGAAGACCGCGAAUCUUAUGGUUCCGACAUGGAUUGCGUUUUCACGACAAUCCCGCGCUUCUUGAUGCCAUUCAACCGUUCCAAGAAGAGGAGGAGAACAACAAAGGAAUACAACUCCUUCCCAUCUUCAUUUUCGAUGGUGAAACUGCGGGAACAUCACUCGUGGGUUACAAUAGAAUGGCUUUUUUAUUGCAAUCCCUCUCGGAUCUCGACGAGGGUUUUAGGAAGCUCGGUGGAAGACUUCUUUUGUUCAAAGGGGACCCCAGUAGCAUCUUCAGGAAGCUUCAUGAGGAACUGGGAAUCGCAAUGAUAAGCUUCGAGCAGGAUUGUGAGCCCAUUUGGAAGGAUCGAGAUCAGAAAGUGGCCAAAAUGUGCCAGGAUUUGGGGAUAAUAUGCAAUGAGAGAGUCUCCCAUACACUCUGGACGCCUCAGGAUGUCAUUCAAGCCAACGGUGGAGUCCCUCCACUUACCUUCAAAAUGUUUAUGUACAUUUCUGAUGUUGUGGGAAAACCUCUUCGUCCGGUACCCAAUCCUGACUGGACUAAUGUGCGUUUUCCGCAAAUCCCGUCCAAUCUGGCAACAGAACUGAAUCUCUGGGAAACUAUUCCUCAUCCUGAGGAUUUUGGAGUAUUCCCUGAACCGGAAAGGUCUCUCAAACAUCUCGAAUGGAUUGGUGGAGAGACUCAAGCUCUGCAGAAGCUCAAAGAUCGCCUGAAUGUAGAAGCUGAGGCUUUUCAGAAGGGCAUUUACUUGCCCAAUCAGGCUUCUCCGGAUCUCCUGGGUCCUCCAUCUUCCCUAAGUGCUUACUUGCGCUUCGGCUGCCUCUCUGUGCGUAGAUUUUACUGGGAUUUGCAUGAUUUGUUCAAUUCCACGAAUCCAGGAGCUAAUCUUGGCGAAGCUCCUCAUAUUACCAGCCAAUUGAUUUGGAGAGAAUAUUUUUACACGAUGAGUGUGAAAAAUCCCAAAUACGCUCAGAUGAAAGAGAAUAUUAUUUGCUUGAACAUCCCUUGGGAGAAGAAUCCCAACGCAGCAACGAUUGAAGCCUGGAAGAAGGGACUUACAGGAUUCCCUCUUGUCGAUGCAGCUAUGAGACAACUUCUGGCCGAAGGAUGGCUUCAUCAUACCCUACGGAACACUGUGGCAGGAUUUCUGACCAGAGGCGUUCUCUGGAUCAGUUGGGAAGUUGGUCUAGAGCACUUUCUGAAGUACCUUUUGGAUGCCGAUUGGUCUGUUUGUGCUGGAAAUUGGAUGUGGGUAUCUUCGUCGGCUUUUGAACAACUCUUGGACACUUCAAAGUGCUGCUGUCCAGUUGCCAUGGCCAAUCGACUGGAUCCCACCGGAGAAUACGUAAAAAGAUACAUUCCUGAACUAAAAAAUCUACCUCAGGAAUUUAUCCAUGAGCCCUGGAAGAUGCCCAUGGAAUUGCAAGAGAAACUCAAGUGCAUCAUUGGAGUGAACUAUCCAGCUCCAAUUGUGAAUCUCAAGGAAGCAAGUGACCGCAAUUUGGAAGCCAUGCAACGCCUCAGGGAUUCUCUGAUUGCCAGAGGAGCCCCAAAAGACGGACCACCCCAUUGCAGACCGUCCAAUAAUGCUGAGAUUUUAGCUUUUUUCAGGGUACCGCACCCGGAAAUGCCCUAAUUUGUAUGCUGUUGAGAUAUGUCCCAAAGGACUUUGUUUUGGGUACAAUUUUAUUAAAAAAAAACUUUGCCGUUUGAAGAAUUGAUAAUUGGGAAUGUGAACAAAAAAAUAUCUUUAGUCGAUGUUCAACUGACUUUAAAGACUUAAAAAGGAAAUUCAGAUACGUGAAAAUAUCAUAAGAAAAUUUAUAGUAAUACAUUUUCAUAGGAUUAAAAAAACAUGAUUGAAAAAACGUUACUCAAUGGUCCAUGUCCUUUCAAUUAAUCGUGGUUAAUUUAAAUUUAAUGAAAAUUUAACUUUUCAGAACAUUUAAAGUACAUUUGACCUCCACUAGUGGCGCUGAAAUCAAAAUUAGGAAUGUUAUGCGUCUUGGAGGCCAAUGGUGAACUAAAAUGACAAUUGUGGUUCAAAUGAAAAUUAAUAAAAUAAAUUUUUGAACAACUUAAAGGAACAUAUUUUCUAAUAACACAUUUGAAAAUUAAAGAACAGCAUUUCUGCAACUAAAAUAUCUUAAGUUGAAAAAUUAGAAAAUGAGGUUAUGUUAGAAAAAAACCCCAAAAUAAAAUUUAACAAUUAUUAUCAAUGUUGAAAAUUUCUGCAAUAAAAUACGAGAUUAAUGUGACAAGUUUACCACUGAAGAAAUGAACAAAAACGUUACUCUACACUGAGAAAAAAAGAGGCUACGAUUAAAUUUUUUUCGUCAUAACUUUAACACUUUUUAGGUGUAAAAAUAUAUCAACAUUUUUUAAUGUUAAUUUUACAGCUUUUGAAGGUAAAAUCAACAUGAAAAAAGGGUAACUUUAACCCAUAAUACACCUAAAAAGCAUAAUAUUUACACAGAUUUCGGAUCAAUACUGCAGGGUAAAAUUAACAAUUCCGGAAUCUUAUUUUAACUUUUUCGGAUUUCUCUCAGUGUAGGGUAAAUUAAGCUAAUUCAAAAUCUGUUCUAAAUGGAAAUUUUUAGCUAUUCCAAAUGGAAACGUCAUUGUUUUCAUGACAAAUACAGUACUAAAUUAUUAUAUUUAUAUAUUUUCUAUAGCACAGUUUCAUUAUUUAGUUAAUUUUGCUCCAAAUAAAGAGAAAAUCUAUUCAUAUUCACAAAUUUUAAUUUGUUAAUUUUUCAGAAAAAUUAAAAGUGUACCUUUUCACCAUCGAAUUUUUCAUGGAUCGACCAUAUGUUUUCUAAUGAAAAACAAAAAUGUGAUUGUUCUUUAUUCGUUUUUUUAAAUUUAUGUAAUAUUUAUGGCAAAAUUUGUGAAAUUAUGUAUUAAUUUUUAUUGUUAACAGUGCGUGGGGUUUUCAAAUGAAAUAAUUACCUAUUUCGUGAACAAAAAGGGUUUUUCUGAAGUGUCUGCAAAUGGUUCAAAUGGAAACACCGGAAAAGUGAUUUUUUUUAAAGGGAUUUUGUUAUUAUAUUCGAUGGGAAAGGAGAAAAGACUAGAAAUAAGAACAAAUCCUACACUCAAGAGCAACUGAACAGGGUUUUGGAAGUUUUCCGUCGCGGUUUCACUUAGACUGUUUGUCUCCAAUUAGAAACUUUCCCUUGUCUCCAUUUGGAUUAAUUUGUUUCCAAUAGAAGCAUUUUGCACUCGUGUAUUUUUCUUGUAUUUAAGAAGUUUUCAAAUUCCAAUGAAUUUUCAUUAAACAGAACACAUUCUAGAAGAGUUAAGAAGCAAAUUUAUGUAAUUCUCCUCAGAAAAAAAUUGAACUUAUGCUGAACCUUCUGUCAAAGUUAAAGCGUCUGGAAAUGGUUUUGAAUUAGGACAUUUACCUUGACUACAUUUUUUUCAAUGGUAAAUGUUUUUCAAGUGUUUUAUUAAAUUAAUUUUCUUUUAAUUACCCACGUAGAACUUUCAGAAAUUCCAGAUAUUAUUUACUUAAGAGGUUAUCUGUUAAUCAGAAAGCGGUUCCGAAUAUAACCUCAAUCAUUCAUUUACUUUUUCUUUUAAAAGUAUCUCCAUUUUCAACAAAAAAAUCGAUAAUUUUGAGAUGAAUAUUUGAAGUGUAAAGCAAAGUUGCCUUUACAUCUGAACUAUAUUGACUUUAGUAAUUUUAAAAAUUGAUAGUAAAAUUUAGUAUGUUUCACUUGUUAGACCACAUUUUACUUCUUUCAGCUUUUCUGCUUUUCAAAAGAAUAUUAUUAUCAGUUCAAAAAUGACUUUAAUAUUAUGAACCUCAUACUUUGGUUAUUUAAUCAGGAUGAUGUUUUGCAUUUUAACUCUUUCGUCUCUUUUGGGACUCUGAGUACCCAAAGCAACAUAUAUGAAUAUUCAGUGAAAAACAAUGUUUUUUUUUUAAUUAUUCAGAACUGAGAAAAAUUCAAUUCUUGUGAAUGAUUACAAACUAUAAGGAUGUCCAAAUGUAAAAUAUUUUUUUGUAGGACCUCAAUUAAUUCCUGAGCUUAGAUAUUUUUGAUUAAAAAAUGAUGAAAUAGUUUAAAAACUAUGAGCAAAUUUCUUUAAUUUUAAUUUUACCGGCGGUUAAUUUUACCCUCAAAAAGGUGUAAAAUUAACAUUAAAAAAUGUUGAUAUAUUUUUACACCUAAAAAGUGUUAAAGUUAUGAGGAAAAAAUGUUAAUCGCACCCUCUUUUUUUCUCAGUGCAUAAAUUUUUCUAGUGUGUAGGAGCCAAAAGUCUCUCAGAAAAAAUAAAAGAAAUUCACAAUAUUCGAAGGCAUGAACGUUCGAAGGGAGCAUACACGGUAAAAAAUUUCGGCACGUAUUUGUUCCAAAAAUUAGCUCGUCCACGGACCCCAUAAUUUUUGGCAUAAUCUUGUUCAUUUCAUGAGACUCAAAAAGAUACCCAAUAUUAGUAACGAAUUUGUUCCAAAUUGUAGCUCGUCCACGGACACGAUAAUUUUUGGAACAAAUUUGUACCUUCUAGGAGGAACAAAGAGAUACCCAAUAUUAGUAACGAAUUUGUUCCAAAAAAUAACUCUCGUCUAGUAUAAAAUCGUUUCCCUCCUCUCACACUCAGUCACUCGUCACCGAAGUGAAGAGGAUGCCAAAUCUGUGGCAAUUUUCGUGCUACAUGGUUUUACUUUCUUAAUUCGAGAUUCCCUUCCUCUCCUGCCAGCACUCGCAUAUGAUUUCGUCAUGCACGCGUUUGUAUAAAACACUCUUAAGUUGAUUCUUAUUUGAUGUUCCUUAUGAACUUUCGCCACCGAAAUCCAUCUCGACUGAAGUAUAGGCCUUAACUGUAAGACGAAAUCACUUACACGGAUUUGUUCCCGACAAUGGGAACAAAAAGAUUCCCCAUAUGAGUAAAAAUUUGGUUCCAAAAAUUACCUCGUCCACGGAAACCGAAAAUUUUUGGAACAAAUAUGUUACAGAUGUAGGAAUAAUAUUGUUAUAAAAAAUAUGUACGAAUUAGUUCCUGACAGUGGGAACAAAACAGUCGAGUGCAACAAAUUCUGUUCCAAAUUUCGGGAACAAAUUUGUAUAAAACGAAAUCAACUCAAAUUUAUAGACAUUCCACUGUAUCAAAACGGUUCCAAAAGAAAACUCUAACAAAAUUGUAACUGUAUUUUGUAACGAAACUGUAAAGAAAACCUUUUGGAACAAACAAAUAUCUUCUCUAGGUACAAAUUGAUUCUAAAAAAAUGUGUUCCAAGGAAAACUUGUUCCAAUAUUUUGGUCAGUGUCUAAAAGUUUUUACCGUGUACUUUCUCUUAUAAAGAGAUACUGAUGUGAAAUUAAUUAUCUCGAUGGGGAAUUCCAAAUCGUCGAAAAAAAUCGAUUCCGAUUACCGACAAUUUCCGGACUCCUCGAGAAAAUUAGAUAAUGAGGUCCAUUAAUAAAUUAAUAAAAUAUUUAAGGAUGGGUUUUGUGUAUUUGUCAGCACCAACAAAAUUGUUUUACUCGAAUGCCAUAUGCAAUUGCAGCGUAUUUUUAGAGGUUACUGGAAAAUGCUCUUUUUUUCAGGUUAUAUUCAACAUAACCUCUUCAUUUCGAAACUCCGAAUUCUGUGGUUUUUCGAUGUGUUAUUAGAAAAUUCCAUUUCAAGAAUCAAAAAAUGACUAAAUUAGUUCACUGUUCAGAAAUUGCACUAAAUAAGUCGAUGGCACUUGAAAACUUUGCAGAAAAAGUUACAUUACGAACUGUAAAUAGAAUAAAGAUAGAAAUAACUUUUUCAUACCAAAUAUCGCAGAAAGAAAUGUUUACAAGAAGAACAUUGUCAAGCCGUAGCACAAAGGUUAUUGAAAUAAAAAAAAUUGUGAAGGAAUUAAGCAAAACAACCCUCUUUUAUUCACCUUCAAUAAUUUAUUUGUUUUUUAUACACAUACUGAACAAGUUUUAAUUGAUUAGUUUAAUUUUUUUUUUUUUUUUAAUAUUUUCUUUUGUCUCAAAUAUCUGGACUUCUCUCUCAGACAUCUCACCUCUGGUUUGUCUUUGCGUGUUUUGUGAACUUUUAUUUUUCUUUCUUUUUUUGAAGAGGGCGAAUAAAGAAAAUUUUCUAAUUUUGCUAAACAUGUUCCACCUGCUGUUCUAUUACUCCCAUUUUCAAUCACCAGGGGAAAAAUAUAUAGUAAAAGGGACCACCCAAUAAAUUGGAGGGUUUAUUAUUAAUUCAAAUUCCAGAUCAAAAUGAAGGUGCGAGAGGACAAAAAAUCCCCUUUUAAUUGAAAGAAUUGCUAAGCUUAAAGAAGAAAAUAUUUUAGGAAUUACAACAAGAAUCAUUCUCACACUUCCAUACGCCCAUAUUCUCUGUUUUUUUCUUUUGAAAUAAACAUAGUUUCUCCCACUUUUUUUUUCAAUAAAAAUAAUUCCUACUAAUGCUAUUGACUUAAAUCAAGAAUAGUUUUUUUUCUCCUAUUAUCCUCUCUGUUAUUUUCCUCUGUAACACCAGAGAAUUCAUUGUAUUUACUAAUCAUGUUUUUUUUCUACUAUCUUUAAAACCUCUUUAAUAUAACCAUUAUUAUCCACAUUAAAUAUUUCACACUAUUGCUGGAAAAAUGACGCUCUUCUGCUGAAUAAUUUUUCUUUCUCCUGUGAAGUUUACGUGAAAAUAUCUAAAUACGAAUCAGGAAGGAUUUUUUAUCGCAAAUAUUUUUCUUUUCUUUUUAAAUACAAUUUUCUAAAUUAUAGUUUAUAUUUUUUUUUCAUAGAAAUUAGCUGUGCUCUGUGGUAUUUUUUUCAUUCACUCUAAAAUAGUUUCUGUUAAUAUUUUUUUUGUUAGUUCUGAAAUGCAUUUAGGUGGUUUCUCGAUGACGAAAAAGAAGACUUAUUUUUUCUUUGCUUGAUUAAUGUUAGUAUCUUGCGACUCGUACGCUUUACUGCAACUCCUUUAAAUUCCAUAUUUUGCAAAAAAAAAAAAAAAUAGUAUUGAACCUUCGGUAUAAGCCCCGCCCAAAAAUCUUUUAAGACACGUCUCUUUAGAGAAAUAUGACAAAUGAUGGAAAACAUUUCGUGUUUUUUUAAAGAUAUUUUGUUGCUAUACCAUUUGCAGUAAAAUAGUAUUGAAAUUUCGACAGAAGCCCCGCCCAUCGAUACUUUAGGACACGCCCCUUUAGAUAAUUGUGACAAAUGGAAGAAAAUAUUUAAUUUUAUUAAGAUUUUUUUACUACGCCAUUUGCAGAAAAGUAGUAUUGAAGUUCCUACAGAAGCCCCGCCCAUUAAUACUUUAGGACACGCCUCUUCAGGGAAUUAUGACAAAUGAAAGAAAAUAUUUAAGUUUAUAAAGAUUUUUUGUUACUACGCCAUUUGCAGUAAAAUUGUAUUGAAGUUCCUACAGAAGCCCAGCCCAUCAAUAUUUUAGGACACGCCUCUUUAGAGAAUUGUGACAAAUGGAAGUAAGUAUUUCCAAAUUGGAUCAAGGGCUGGCGUAGUGCGUAUAGAUAGGGAACUCAACGGUGAAGAUGUGGAUUUCAAGUCACCUUACAAUGAAAAACAGUUCUUUAAUCUUGCCCCAGGACCGAAAGCUCUGGGCAAGAUUGAAGAAGUGAUUUUCUUUGUGGUGACUUGAAAUCCACUGGCCAUCACUAAAGAGUACCCUAUCUGCAAAUAUUUUCUAAAUUUUGAAGAUUUCUUGUAACUUCGUCAUUGACAGUAAAAUAGUACUGAGCUUCUGCAUAGGCCACGCUCAAAAAUAUUUUAGGACACGCCUCUUUAAAGAACUGUGGCAAAUGGUAGUAAAUAUUUCCAAAUUAGAUGAAGUACUGGCGUAGUGCGUACAGAUAGGUGAUUUUCCGGUGAUGACCAGUGGAUUUCAAGUCACCUCAGAAAGAAAAACCCUUCUUCAAUUUUACCAAAAGACCGAAAGCUCUGGGCAAGAUUGAAGAAGUAUUUCCCUUUGUAAGGUGACUUCACUGGCCAUCACCGGAGAAGCCCCUAUCUGUAUAUAAUUCCUAGAUUUUGAAGAUUUCCUGUUACUACACCAUUUGUAGAAAAAUAGUAUUGAAGCUCUUAUUUAAGCCCCGCCCAUAAAUAUUUUAGGACGUACCUCUUUAUAGAAUUAUGACCAACUGAAGUAAAUAUUUCUUAAAUUCUUUUUCUUAAAGUUUAUUUUUCUUUGUAACUGUGCCAUAUUUGAGUAAAGUUUCUUUAGCUGAUUGAGUUUAAACAUUAGCCACUGAUAAAAUUUAAACCACGCCCCCCAUGCAACUUUUAUUUAAAACGAACGAGAGGGAUAUCGAUUUCAUAUUUAUCUAUAUCAGGGCUUUUAAAACUAAAUUCUCUUUAAAGCACAGAAGUAAGAAAGCAAAGUAUUCAAUAAGGUAGGUUUGAUGAUGUCCGCUGCCGUCUUAGCACGACUGACCAACCUUCAGAAGAAAACGAUGGAAACGCUUUUCCAGGAGGAUAAGAAAAGGUUUACUAUCAUGAGUUUAUUCCAUUUAAUAAACCCAAAAAGUCUUAAAAAUCCGUAAAUAAAAUUAUUUAUAGAUUUGAUAAGACCUUUUGAAAAUAGU